AUGGCUGGACGCGGCUGGCGGCGGGCGCCCCUCCGUCGCGGCGUCGGCGGCGGUCUCAGGACUCGCCGGCUCAUGCGGCCCCUGUGGUUGCUCCUCGCAGUGGGCGUCUUUGGCUGGGCCGGGGCUUCGGACGGCUCUGGCCGAGCGGCGAGAGCCAUGGACGAGGAGAUAGUGUCCGAGAAACAAGCUGAAGAGAGCCACCGGCAGGACAGCGCCAACCUACUCAUCUUCAUCCUGCUGCUCACCCUCACCAUUCUCACAAUCUGGCUCUUCAAGCACCGCCGGGCCCGCUUCCUGCACGAAACUGGCCUGGCUAUGAUUUAUGGUCUUUUGGUGGGCCUUGUGCUUCGGUACGGCAUUCAUGUUCCAAGCGAUGUAAAUAAUGUUACCCUGAGCUGUGAAGUGCAGUCAAGUCCAACUACCUUGUUGGUAAACGUUAGUGGAAAAUUUUAUGAGUAUACACUGAAAGGAGAGAUUAGCUCCCAUGAACUUAAUAAUGUUCAAGAUAAUGAGAUGCUUAGAAAGGUUACUUUUGAUCCAGAAGUAUUUUUCAACAUACUACUUCCUCCUAUCAUAUUUUAUGCAGGUUAUAGUCUCAAAAGGAGACAUUUCUUUCGAAACCUUGGAUCUAUUCUAGCAUAUGCCUUUCUUGGAACAGCAAUUUCUUGUUUUGUUAUUGGGUCCAUAAUGUACGGCUGUGUGACACUGAUGAAAGUGACUGGACAACUUGCAGGAGAUUUUUACUUUACAGAUUGCCUACUCUUUGGUGCAAUCGUAUCGGCAACUGAUCCAGUGACUGUUCUUGCCAUAUUCCAUGAGCUUCAAGUAGAUGUUGAACUCUAUGCACUUCUGUUUGGUGAAAGUGUCCUCAAUGAUGCUGUUGCCAUAGUGCUGUCCUCCUCAAUAGUGGCAUACCAGCCAGCUGGAGACAACAGUCACACUUUUGAUGUCACAGCCAUGUUUAAGUCUAUUGGGAUUUUCCUUGGGAUCUUCAGUGGAUCUUUUGCCAUGGGUGCUGCUACUGGAGUGGUGACAGCUUUAGUAACAAAGUUUACCAAAUUACGGGAGUUCCAGUUGUUGGAGACAGGCUUGUUCUUCUUGAUGUCCUGGAGUACCUUCCUCUUGGCUGAAGCAUGGGGAUUCACAGGUGUGGUUGCAGUGUUGUUUUGUGGCAUCACACAAGCACAUUAUACUUACAAUAACUUGUCUACGGAGUCUCAGCACAGAACUAAACAGUUGUUUGAGCUUCUCAAUUUCUUGGCAGAGAAUUUCAUCUUCUCCUACAUGGGACUGACACUGUUCACCUUCCAGAACCAUGUCUUUAACCCAACAUUUGUAGUAGGAGCAUUUAUUGCUAUUUUCUUGGGAAGAGCUGCCAAUAUUUACCCCUUAUCCCUCUUACUUAAUUUGGGUAGAAGAAGUAAGAUUGGAUCAAAUUUUCAGCAUAUGAUGAUGUUUGCUGGCCUCCGUGGGGCAAUGGCGUUUGCUUUGGCCAUUCGUGAUACUGCCACAUAUGCUCGCCAAAUGAUGUUCAGCACCACACUUCUGAUAGUGUUUUUUACUGUGUGGGUAUUUGGUGGCGGCACUACCGCAAUGCUGUCGUGCUUGCAUAUCAGGUACUGUGCUAGACUCUGGGGAUACAGAGAUGAAUUGAGACAUGGCCUUUACCCUCAAGGAGCUCACAGUCUUUUUGGGGAGACUGACAGGGUUGGUGUUGAUUCAGACCAGGAACAUUUGGGUGUUCCUGAAAAUGAAAGGAGAACUACCAAAGCAGAGAGUGCUUGGCUCUUCCGGAUAUGGUACAACUUUGAUCAUAACUAUCUGAAGCCUCUGCUGACCCACAGUGGGCCUCCUCUCACCACUACACUCCCUGCCUGCUGCGGACCCAUCGCCAGAUGCUUGACCAGCCCCCAGGCUUACGAAAACCAGGAACAAUUGAAAGAUGACGAUUCCGAUCUCAUUCUUAAUGAUGGCGAUAUCAGUUUGACAUAUGGGGAUUCUACUGUGAACACUGAAUCAGCAGCAUCCAGUGCCCCUAGAAGAUUCAUGGGGAACAAUUCUGAAGAUGCCUUGGAUCGAGAGCUUGCUUUUGGGGACCAUGAGCUGGUCAUCCGCGGGACACGCCUGGUUCUUCCUAUGGAUGACUCUGAACCCCCGUUAAAUUUGUUAGAUAAUACAAGGCACGGCCCAGCCUAAGCUUAUUAGUCCUCACUUAGUGAUUUGUACAAUUUGCACAUGUGAUUGUGAAGAAAUUUGUACUACCUAAAAAGUCCCAGUGCAUGUCUCUGAAUGUGUCUGCUAUAUAAAUGCUAUUUAUAUGGCUUAGAACGAAUAUAAAUAUCCUGUACAAGGCAGAUUGUGAACAGAUCAUUCUUUUGUUUUCCUGGCUGUACUGUGUAGGCUGGAUCUGUUUUAGAAAGUUUCUUUCACAGUAAUGUUGUGUGUUCUGUUAUCUUUCUGUUCCAGUUAGAUUACAAAACGUGACGGAGUUAACUCUUUGUUCCAUUUACCUGACACUUAACCAGAGUACCAAGUUCCUGUGGUGUGAGUUAAUUUUCUGUGUGUGCAGUGGAGGAGGGAGAGAGAAGAGGGAGUGUUAGUUCCUAGGGAUACCAGGGACAGGAGAGGCUCCUUAUUGGGAAACUUUUGUUGACUGCUACUGCCUUUGUUGUGACCUCUUCCUCUCCCUUUCUCUGGUGCAAGGAGAUGAUAGCAUUGUGAUCUUGCCCCAUUCGGGUUGUGGGGGGGGGGGAGUGUGGAGGCCCUCUCCUGCCUUGCUGUGAAAGAACAGAUUUGCUGAUUACAGUACACUGCUGUGCAGAAAAGGAGGCUGCAGAUGACUUCGAAGACCCUUAUUUCUUUUCUUGCAGAUGAAGAACAUGGGAGUCAGCCAGCUGGCUUAGCCAAAGUACAGGCGUAUAGUGUGCAGAGCACUUGGCUGAGACUUGGAGGGACUGGGGCAGGCAGAGGGCAACAGGGGAAUAAAGAGAAUGGUGGUUUCAGAGAUCUCUCUUCCCAAAUGUGUAAAUACUCUAUACCAGAUAAGUUUAAAUAAGAAAGUUAAUUGCUGCUUAAUUUUUGAUUAUAUACUUUAUCUGUAUAGCAAGCUUUGUUGUCAGAAGUUUUUAUAUCAAUUCAAAUCGCUGCUCUUUAGCAGCCAAACAGGAGCAAAAAUGUAAAAUUUUUGAACUUACUGUGUCUAAUUGUCAUUUGUUAGUCUGUAGUUGAUGUUAAAACUUAAUUUAUGAAUCCAUGAUCGUUCCACACUAUGCCAAAGUCAGCCAUAAGGGGAAUGUUAGCACUCUGGAGCAUUGAUUGUAAGGUGGCUCCUUUGUGUGUGACAGGUGUAGUUGUCUUCCUCUUCAUGUUAUUUUUCAUGUCAAAUAUCUAAGCUGCCAUGUCUUUGUUUUCCUGACAGUUUUCAAGGAAGAGCACAGAACCGUUUCCUAUUUCAUAUUCAGGGUGUGAGAGUAGAUUCUAAUUUGUAAUGCUGAAAAGACUUGAAGGUGCAGUGAGAGCUUGGAAGGGGAAUUCUUUUUUUUUUUUGAUGCUGAUUCUGACCUGUUAAUGAUUCAGAAGAAAGAAACCUUUGUGGAUGUACCUCCUCAGGUCUGUGAAGCAUUGCCUUAAAUGUUAUCCAAUCAGAAAACUAAUUUAUUUACAUGAUGUCCAAAUUUUCCACAGAGAAAUAAUCUUUGCGAACAAAACGUGUACCUAUUCCCAAAGGUAUCUGUGCUGUUGCAAGCACUCCUUGAGAUUUUAAGGGAAUUCUCUUAUACCCUUUAGUGGCAGCCUUGACUGUUGGCAUAGCCAUUUGUUACGUAGUGGUAGCGACUUUCCUGCCAUGCAGGAAUCCCUCCUGUGAAGUGUAUGUUUUAUAUGAUGUGUGCCUCUUCAUGCAGUAAAUAAUUUCUUGUUAAUGUAUGCUUGAGGAACUUUGAAUGUCAGCGUCAUUUACCCAUGAUAUUAUCCAAGUUGUAAAAGGUUACAUAAUAAUUUAACAACUACUUUUUUUUUUAUUCUGUCAGGUUACUGAGCUCACUUUAUGAAAAUGGCUGUAAAUACUUAGCAUGACAAAUUCAGUAACUCGUCUGUUUGAGCAUGCAUAAGAUUUUUCAUUAGGGAAACUGAUAAAGCUUGAGUCAACUAACCUGCCUUUGUACUUUAUCAAAGGGGAAGCAAGCCUGCUGUGCUUCCAUCAGCAUCUGGAAGAUAUUUCUUCUCCUCUAAUCUGUGUACACACAUCUUCAAGCAAAGAAGAGAAAACCAUCUCUGCUCAGACACAUGCUGGGUUUAGACACCGGAAUGGACCUUGAUGAAGUACAGUCUGAGUUGCCAUCAUGCACAAGUAGAACUGCUCUUGGACCUGUUUUUCCGUUGUUUGUGGCACCUAAAUGUUUGAAUGACUUGAACGUUGCAUACUUUAAAGUUAUUUUUUAAGGUUUCUUGGCAUUAAUCCUAGUUGUCCGUGUUUGGCAGUGUGCUGUUAAAAUAAUAGACUUCUAAUCUUUACGUAUUUUUUUUUUGUUUUCCCUUGGAGUACUUGGACAGAUGUUAUAGUGGUUUCCUUUAGGAAAAAUGUGUCAUUAAAAAAAUUAUAGCC